AGUUUGAAAAAGCACUCACUGCGUUGCGCUAUGGACAGCACAAAGAAAAUUGUUAACACGUCUGAUGAUGAUGGAUUUCUGCUUAGAAUGGGCCUCAAUGAUAACAAGGCUGGAAUGCAAGGACUGGAUAAAGAGAAAAUCAAUAAAAUCAUAAUGGAGGCCACCAAGGGUUCUAGAUUUUAUGAAAAUGAGCUUAAGAAAGAUCAACAAGUUAACCAACGAAUUGAAAAAAUGAUACAGCUAAAAGAUAAAAUUACCAGCCAACAGCUUCUGAAAGCACAACUACAGGCUGACAAACUUGCGCUGGAGCUAGAACAGAGCCGUGAUCUCAGCUGUACUAUUGUACACAUUGACAUGGAUGCCUUUUAUGCAGCAGUAGAAAUGAGAGACAACCCAGAGCUGAAGGAAAAACCCAUAGCAGUGGGAUCGAUGAGUAUGCUGUCCACUUCAAAUUAUCAUGCAAGGAGAUUUGGGGUACGUGCAGCCAUGCCUGGAUUUAUUGCUAAGAAACUAUGCCCACAUCUUACUAUAGUGCCAUUAAACUUCAAAAAGUAUGAAGAAGUGAGUAAAGAGGUUAGAGAAAUACUGGCUGAAUAUGAUCCUAGUUUUAUGCCCAUUGGCCUAGAUGAAGCCUACUUGAACAUAACGGAGUACUUAGAGGAAAGACAGAACUGGCCUGAAGAUAAAAGAAGUUACUUCAUCAAAAGAGAAAACAUUGCAAAAAAUGGUAAGCAAGAUGUAACUGCACCUGAUGAACUAAAGUUGAAUGAAGAUGCACACUCAUCCUCACCAAUAUUGUUUGAAGAUAAUACUUCUAUAACAGAGGAACAGCCUGUUGCUACUUCCCACCUGUACACUGAAGAACAGAGAGAUCAAGAACUGUUGCUAAAUUCAGUGGUCUUUGGAACUUCAGCUGAAGAAGUUGUGAAGGAAAUUCGCUUUCGGAUUGAACAAAAAACUGGAUUGACUGCCAGUGCAGGAAUUGCUCCAAAUAUGAUGUUAGCAAAAAUGUGCAGUGAUCAGAAUAAACCUAAUGGACAGUACAGAAUCUCCCCUGAUAGGCAAUCUGUAAUGGACUUCAUCAAAGAUUUGCCCAUUAGAAAGGUGCCUGGUAUAGGAAAAGUAACAGAGAAAAUGUUAAAAGCUCUUGGAAUUCUGACCUGCACUGAACUUUACCAGCAGAGGGCACUGCUUUCUCUUCUUUUUUCAGAAACAUCUUGGCAUAAUUUCUUGGAUGUCUCACUUGGUUUGGGUUCAACGGAUUUGGAAAAGUACGGAGAAAGAAAAAGUAUGAGCACUGAAAGGACAUUCAGUGAAAUUAACACAGCAGAAGAACAAUACAGCUUGUGUCAAGAACUUUGCAGAGAUCUUGCUCAGGAUCUGCAGAAAGAAGGACUUAAGGGUAAAACCGUUACCCUGAAACUGAAGAAUGUGAAUUUUGAAGUAAAAACAAGAGCUUCCACAGUGCUCGCUGCUGUUUCUACUGAAGAAGAAAUAUUUGCUGUUGCUAAAGAUAUGCUAAGGACAGAAAUUGACGGUGUUGCCCCUCACCCUUUGCGGCUAAGACUUAUGGGCAUACGAGUAUCAGGGUUUCUAAAUGAAGAAGAAAAGAAAUACCAACAGAGGAGCAUUAUCAAUUUCUUAAAGCCAGGAAAGCAAGCAAAUGCUUCUCUGCUUCAGCCAGGGAAAUCCAGCCAUGAACAUUUUACCAAAGCUUCAGAAACAUCUCACAGAGAGAGUUUUUUUGAUAAAAAGCGAGCUGCAAGGCAACAAAGCAACCAGGAACUUCUUAUAAACAAACCUGCAAACAAGCAGAACUCACAUGAUAUAAAGUCAUCAGUAAAUCCUGUGGACGAAACAAAUAACGCCAUAGGCUCAGCGAAUUUGAAUGACUGUCGUAGCCUCACUUGCCCUGUUUGCUUUGAGGAGCAAAGAGACAGCGAUUUAGAGGCACUUAACAGACAUAUUGACAAGUGCCUCAAUGGGACAUUGGUAAAAGAUAAUGCAGAAAUAUCAACGAGUGAGAAUUCAUGGGAGAAUGCACAUCAUUUUUCUCUGGACAGUAAAAAGAAAACAUUUGAAAUGUGUCAAAAAAAUAAAAUGAACAAAUCAGUGGCUACAGCACAGUCAACACAAGUAGCUGACAACUCUACUAGCAGUAGCACAGAAGCAUUCCCUAAAGUAGUAGCUAACACUAGCAAGGAAAGAGAGCAUAGUCUGCUUAGUGAAACGGCUAGCAACAUGUACUUAGAACAGAAUUUUUCUUCCAAAAUCAUUUCAUUGGAAAAUGCAGAACGCUUUGAAAAGUCUGAAUGUACACAAGAAACUCAGCCUUCCUACUCCUCUGGAGCCAUCAGAGACAAUGUUCUGGUUUGUCCAAUUUGUAACGUGGAACAAAAAACAACUGACCUUUCAUUGUUCAACAGGCAUGUGGAUGUUUGCUUAAAUAAAGGCAUUAUCCAGGAGUUGACAGAGCAAAUAGUUUGUCCAGUUAAGAGUCAAAUUACGGAAAAUUCAAAGUCAGUUGGAAGCAUGGGCCGAGGACAUCAAUAUAUGAAUCCCACAACAGGAACAAAAAGGCCUGGACUAAUGACACCCCAGUCAACAUCAAAGAAAGCCAAACCAAGCAAUUCCAAACAAACAAUUGAAACAUUUUUAAAAUGAUUGUGUAACGCUUUAUCAUAUAUGAAGAAUUUCAUAAUCGGUGUUUUAUUAUUCAAAUUAGUUUGGUGCGGGUGAAGGAUUGGACUCUGAUACUUGUCACGUUGGAAUCCCUGUAAACCUCCAUUGGAGGAGUACAACAUUUGAGACAAAAAAAUAAGUGAUCUAGCAGGGACUAGAGCAUUGAAUUAAUUUUCCAUUCAAAUCAUUUUUUCAUAAUAGUUUUUGUCUAAAUUAUAUCUGUGGAAAAAAGAGCAUGCUAAGAGCGGGCUUUGUUUUAUCUUGACGUAGUGGAGACUCAGGGUAUGGAAGUCACCAGCAAUUCAACUUAGGUUGCUAGUGACCGACAGUUAAUAUGUGAUGAUUGUUAGCCAGUGUAAAAUGGAUUGGAUUGAAUUCAGUUUCUAGUGGCCAGAUAUCCACAGCACAAAACAAUUGGUACUCAUUUAUGUCCAUGUUGAUAUUCUCCGUAGGAUUGGGCCCCAAAUCCAACUCUCAUUGAAGUCAGUGGAAAGCCUGCCACUGACUUCUGUAGGAACUGAUGGGCCAGAUUUGUAGGGCUCAGUCCUGACAAGUGCGUGGCACGCUUGUGGUAUGUUGAGUGACCUCAACACCCACUGACUACAAACACUUUGCAGGAUCAACCCCUUAAAUGAGCAUGGAGUGUGAGAGACCCCCAGAAUAGGUAUGGCAUAUACAGGCUGAGCCUCACUGGUUCUAUGGAGAUAUAGAGAGCUUCAGAUUCCUAUGCAUUUGUCAAACCAGCACCUUUCAAAAGCACUAAAUUCACUUUAAGAAAAGUUAAGGAUAAACUAGUAUAAUGGUAGUGUGACUGAUGUGCAAAUGUGUAUGACAUUGAAAUGAUAGUCCUGAAUAUAUUAAGACAGGAAAUAACCCUCCUUCUUUUUUUCUCUUUGAAGAGAUGUAGUUUAUGAAAAAUUAUUUUUGUAGUUUGUUAUAAACCAUGUUUUUAUGAAUAUAUGUAAGGGGGAAAAGCUGUAAAGUACACUUAUUUAUUUAAAAUACUCUGUUUACAUUCUUUACUUCCCAAAAAUUAAAUUGUUUAAAUAUUUAGUGUCAAUUUAUAAUCAAAUAUGCCUAUAACGUAAUAUUUUUUCAAGCAUGUCAUUUUGUAAUAAUGAGAAAAUUCUUAGAGUUUAUUUUUUUUAAAAGUCAUUAAAAUAUGAAGUAAAAUGGCAUCUCAAAAGAAAAUGUCCACCACAAAUAAUGCAUUGGUGAACAUUAGCUAUGUGAGGACUUUUUUCCUUUUAAAAAAAAUACAGCUGCUCUGGUUUUAUGAAGUGUAUUUUUGUUUUUCUGAGAAUAGCUUAUAGAAAUAAGUUUUACAUAUGCAGCAUGUUGUUAAAGGAGAAGGAGACAACCACAAUUAUUUGAACAGAUGAAAUAAGUUUGUUUUGGCACUGGCAGUUAUUUCAUCAUCCAUACAAAAGUGUUGUUACAGUUGACAGAGAAGCAUUUUGUAAGCAUUAUUUCUAUAGAUAGAAUAAAAUACUAGUGCAAAAUUAGUGUUUCCUUCACACCUAAAAACUUGGUGAGUUAUUCUUUGGUACAAGUAUAAAAUGUAACUGCCUUUAGAAAAGAGAUUAUAUAUUUAAAGGAGAAACUUGGCUUGAUUGUUUAAUGCUUUUCAUACACAUAAUAUAUUGCUGAAUAUAUAGUCUGAAAUAGAACAUAUUUUCCAUUUUAUUUUUAUUAGGUUCAUGUAGUAUAAUAGAGCAAUAAGCAAUGUGACAAACAUCUGUCAUGUUUGUUUUCUUGUCCUUUCCCCAGAAAGAGAAUUAUGUGCAGGAGAGUAUUUUUGUUUAGGAUUUUUAAUUUAUACACACACAAUUUGCUAUGUGUUUGUUAGAGAAGGCACAGUCACUUUUUUUUUUAAUGGAAGUCAUUUGCAAGAUUGUAGCAUCUUACAGAUGCACAUCUUUUUGAAAAAUUCAGUGUGGUGACAAUGUGAAGAAGUGAUAAAUUUCAUUUUUCCACUUCUAAUCUCUCUCUUUUAUAAAUAAUACACACAGAGAUUUCUAUGUAUAGCUAAGUAUUGAACUCGUUGGUUUUAAAUUAAAUAUUCCUGAUAUACAGGUAGUGACUGAAAAUCUUGACCUGAGAUUUGCUCUUGUUAACAUCCAGGAAGCCCUUUUUAGACAAGUUAGCUUUCAUGGGUCUAAGCGAUGGUAGAGAUCAUAGAAAUGUAGGGCUGGAAGGGAUAAUGAGAGGUCAUCAAGUCCAGCCUCUGUGCUAAGGUAAGACCAAGAAUACCCCUUCCCUGACAGAUGUUUGUCCAACCUGUUCUUAAAAACCUCCAAUGAUGGGGAUUCCACAUCCUCCCUUGGAAGCCUGUUCCAGAGCAUAGCUACCCUGACUGCUAACCUAAAUCUCCCUUGCUAC